AUAGGGUAAAAGGAGGGUGAAAUGAAAGGGAGAGGAGGGGAACUCUCUUGAGUCGCUUGAGACUUGGACUUUAUGAAAGAAAAGAGAGUUGGAUGGUUCUGAUUGCUCUCUCAUUUUCUGUCUCUCCUUUUAUAUCUUUUUUUUUGUCUUUAAUGUCUGAAGUCUUGUUGGUUCCUAAUGGGCUACCAUCCAAUCACUGCAAAAAGAAAAAAUUCGUAUUUGUGUAUUUUAGGUCCACAAUGCAUGACAUGCAUGUUCCGUUUCUUCUGCUUUUGCUAUUUUGCCUGUCUGUCUGGAUGUCUCUAUCUGUCUACCUAUCUGUCUGUCUGUUCGGCAUCCUGUUCUGUUCUUGCUUCUUUUAUGGUAUUCUUGAUGUUUCAUAAUCGUUGUUUCAUUUGCUAAUGAGGAUGUGGAGUCUUUUUUAACUACG